GCGCAACACAUUUGUUUCUUUUCUAACUUGCACAUGGCGUCCGGUUGAAGGUUAUCAAGCACAAUAAAUAAACAUCGUUGUGCCGUUUUAUUAGCUUUAUUAUUGCCCUUCAACCUUGUGCAGCCAUCUGACAAUCAAAAUGGGAAACGUAAGUGCUGCUGAAUCUCCUAAAACCUUUGUUGAUGUACCAUCACCACCAAUGUUGCCACCACCCCCUCCAACUGAAAUUCCCAAAACAAUAAAAACUAAAGAAACAGCCGGGCCUGGAUCCUCGAGCAAUGAACCUGAUGUCAAUCCAGGAUUAUAUGAGGAUCUCCACAAACAAACCAAAGGUAAAUAUCAUUUUAAAGAUGGAAACAAAUUAAAUUAAACAUUGGCUGGGUGUUAAUCAAGCUUGCCCAAGCAAGGCCUACACUACAAACUACACAGGCUGACACAGGUCUCACUGAAACUGGCCCACUGACUAGGCCUACCCUGUAAAUCUUGCUUGUUUAAGUCAAGACUAAUUAAGUUUAAAAAGGUAAAGACUGAGUUCCUAGUUUUUAGUUCACUUAUAAUAACUAAGCUAAGUGAUACCAAACAAGGGCAGGUAUGGUCUUGAGCUGAUGCAGGGGUAAUCAAAGUUUGGUCGAUUUAUGAAUGCAAUCUGUGCCACCUUGAGUUAGAGUUUCUGUGUAGGAUUCUCUCCCCAUUUUUAAUUCAUAAAUUGUUACUAGAGUUAACUCUUCUUAUUUUCAUAAUGAUACUAAAUACGCAGAUGGCAUAUUUUUGAUUGCUUGCUUUUUAAAAAUAAUAUUUCAUUAUUGGGUGCUUCAUUAAUUAUUAUAUUUAAACACCAUGGAUGAUGAAAUGAAUGGCAGACUUGCAAAAGCUAGUGCCGUAUUUGGCAGGCUCCGCAGCCCUGUUUGGGACAGGAGAAGUCUCAGACGAGAAACGAAGAUCAAGGUCUAUAACGCAGCAGUCCUCUCGACAUUGCUCUACGGAUGUGAAACGUGGGCAGUCUAUCAGCGUCACGUCAAGAAACUGAAUCAUUUUCACACAACCUGCCUCAGGAAACUCCUUGGCAUCAGGUGGAAAGACAAAGUCCCUGACACAGAGGUCCUCGCUAGAGCGAACCUACCUAGUAUCUUCACCACCCUAAUGCAGUCUCAGCUCCGUUGGAUGGGACAUGUAGCCCGUAUGGAAGACCACCGGUUCCUGAAACAGAUAUUCUUCGAAGAACUCACGACAGGUAAGCGCUUCCAAGGAGGUCAAAAAAAAGCGUUACAAAGACUCACUGAAAGUGGCACUAAAGGUCUUCAGCAUCAACCCUACUCAAUGGGUGCAGACAGCCCGGGACAGAGCCUGGUGGAGAGCAGCUGUCAAGAAGGGGGCUAAAUCCCAUGAAGCUAAUUGGAUAACCACAGCUGAGACAUGCAGGCUUGCCCGAAAGAGCAACAUUAGGUCACGACUGCAUCAACUAUCCCAUGCCCGCGAUGCCAGAGAUUAUUCCGAGCACGGAUCUGUCUAGCAAGUCACCUACGAACUCACCGUAACCCACCCUCCCCCUAACCGGAUGACUCGAUGGUCCCAGUCGACUUCGAAGGACUAACUACAUAUCAAAACAAGGCUAAUUUUCCGGUGUGAUCAACUGAUCAUUUAAAUAAUGGAUUUUUAAUUUUCUGAUACCUUUUAGAUUUAUAAAUUGUGUAAAAAUGUAUUUGAUGAAAUAGUAAGUUGUGUUUUCAUUAUUUUUAAUAUUUAAAAAAUGUUUAAAAUCAUUUUUUAAAUAAAUCAUUUUUUAAAUUAAAUUUUAUGAUUUUCUCAGUAUAUUGUGUAACUGUAGCACAAUUAGAGGUGAAUUUUUCACUGCUGCUAGCUUUAUUGCGAUGAUAUGUCUGCCAUGCCAAACUUAAGUAGUGGAAAAAUAUUGAGAAAUGAGUGGCGCAGAUUGCGUAAAUUUACCCCGAGUUUCUUUUAUGUGGUCUGGAUUUGAUACUAUUUGGCAGGCCAGUAACAGUAGUAACAAAUAUUUUUAAAAAGAGGGUGAAAACGCCUUGCUGGCCAUGCCAGUACUCUUCCCAACUGACCUUGAAUGAGUAUAUUUAAAGAUGAACAAAUGCGUAUGACCUAUGUAAUUUCAUAAUCAAAUAGUGUUCACUUAAUGAAUUUAAUGUGAAAGUGAAGCUGUUAAAAUUUUCUCUUGAGCUUUUGAAAAUCUGUCUUUUUCCCAUUUUACUAAUAGAAAAACUGCCAUCUAAUGUGUGUUCAUCAUCUAAGAAUGCAGGUCCUUAAAACUUAUUUACCUUAUGUAAUUUGAAGAACUGGAUGUUUUUGGGAUUAAAGGCCUCUUUCAACACUGUUAGUGUUUUUCAACACUGUUAGUGUUGCAUGUUGCCACUUGGAUUACUUUGAAAUCAUCUGCAGCCAAAGCUCUGUCACCCCAUCCAAGUUAUUUGUUCUUUUUGUUAGAAUAGAUUAUUAAUGGAAAUUUCCAUUUGAUAGAUAUGGAUGCCAUAUAUUUUAUCACAAUUAUGAUUGAAUGAUUGCUAUUUAAUUGUAAAACUUCUUUUAACCACAUUAUCCAGAUUUGUUUCCACAAGUAUUUGAAGGAGCAAAGGUUAUUGUUGCUAAAGGCUUAAGCAGCCAUUUUCAAAUAAGCCACACUAUAACCCUGAGUACCUUCACACCAUCAGUCUAUCGCUUUGGUACAACAUACAUUGGCACAAAACAGCUUUCACCCACUGAGGUAAAUAGAUUUACUUACAUUUAUGACUUAAUGUUUUUUUUUAAUGCUUAUAGGGAUAGAUUACUAUUCUAUUUUUAUCUUCUACAUAUUAAUUUAAGAAAACAUUAUGUGCUAAAAAUGAAGAUGUUAUUUCACACUUUAUGUUCUUUGAUUCAAUGGAUUGUUGUUAAAUUUAAUAUUGUUUGAAGUCUUUCCCAGUGUUACUCGGUGAUAUAGAUUCAAGUGGGAACAUGAAUGCCAACAUUAUCCACGCCUUUACUGACAGGAUCAGGGCAAAGCUUGUGGCACAGGUAACCAUCCUAUUUGACACUUUCUGUGAUACAAAUAUAAUUGUUAUGAACCAAUGAAUUUGUGAUUUCUUUCUUUUUGCUAUUGAUUUUUUAAAAUACUGUAGAUGUUUUAUAUUUACAAUAAAUAUGAAGGUUGGGGAAAUGUAAGUGAUCUUUCUUUCAGAUAAACUAAUUGUGAACACCGAGAGUCUAGUGUUGACAGUGUGUAUUCUUCUUUCAUUUGUAAUAAAUUAAUGUUUUUUUAUAAAAUCUUUGCAUUGAUUUUUCCUAUAAAUGCCUAACACAGUUUGAAUAUCUCUCCUCUAACCAGUUUCAGCCUAACAAAUGUGUGGGCCAACAGGUAUCAUUUGAUUACAAGGGAGAUGAUUUUACUGCAUCUCUCACCACUGGAAAUGUAGAUCCACUCUCUGCCUCAGGUAAAUUUAUCAAUUUAUCUUCUGAAAAGAAUCCAGAAUUAACAAAAUUUAAACGAUAAUUUGUUGUAAUUUUUCAACACUUUUGAAACAGAGCCUUUUUGGACUGUAGGUUCCAAGAAGACAGAUCCCUGGACUUCACUUUACCAAAAAUGUUUUUAAUUUUUUGUUUUCACUAAACGGUGGAAUAAAUAUGUCUUCCUUGCAUAAUUUUGUUAAUGUUGUGAUUGUUGAAGCCUAAAUAAUUCCUAACCCAUAUUUGAAUAAGAUUCAGUGUGAAAAACUGCAUAAAUACUCCAUGAGGCUGCUUAUGCAUUUUAAAGUAUUUCAAAGUCACAUAUUGAAUCAUUUUUAGGUGUCACUGGGUUAAAAAAAAAUGAUAUAAAAUGACAGAACACCAUACAAUUUUUUUUCUUCAUUUGGUCAGAUUGGGAAAAUUUAUUCUAGCAAGUAGAUGACAUGUAUUCCCUUUUUUUUACCCUGACAGGUUUAUUAGUAGGCCAUUACCUGCAGCGCAUCACACCAAGUCUUGCUCUGGGAGCUGAGAUAAUGUAUCAACGAGGGCAGCAGGUGCCUGGAGGGGAAAUAGCUAUUAUGUCCUUAGCUGGUCGAUGGUCAGGUAGGGAGCAUUCCUUGAAUUAUUUAAUCAUGUUGUUAUGGUUAUAUAUAUGUAACAGGGAAUAAUAAGUGUUUAAAAUGUGUCAAUCUGUUAAUAUGUUACAGGUGAAAAAUGGCAGCUGAGUACAAAUCUGAGUCCUAUGGCUGGCAAUCUCCAUACAUGCUUUUACCAGAAAGUUCAUGAAAAUUUACAAGUUGGGGUGGAGCUAGAGACGAGCUUACGCAUGGCGGAAAGCACGGCAACAGUCGCCUAUCAAAUAGACAUUCCUAAAGCUGAAGUCACGUUUAGAGGUAAGUGCUGCCUUUGCUCUAAAUUUUAAAAAAGUACAUGAAUUUGUCACAUUUUAUUUUUGAUAGUAAUGUUAAACCUGUUGAAUUGUCCGCUCAGUAACCUACUUAAUGGCAGUAAAAAAUGGCAUAGUGAAUGGGUUGAUUGUCUAUGGCAAACAAGCAACAUCUUGGAUGGGUUGAAUGUCUAUUGUUACGACCUUUGUUAUACUUGAAAUGUUACGGCCCUCUUGCGUUGUCUAGGGUGUAUGAAUCUCUCAAAUAAAACACAAGGUCCAGUGUAACAAUAUAAUAAUUUAUUAGAUACUUUACAAAAAAGGAUACACGUCAGUCCAACUACCAAUAUCCACUCUCCUAGCACUACUCUCUCGACUAAUGUGUCACUCGCUCCUAUCGCUACCAACUCUUGACUGACAACUUUCGACGACUAACAAUUCUUCUCUUGCUCUUUUACCUUUCUUCUCUGACCUCUAGCUAACACACAUCCCUUUUAUAAUACCACACAAACAACUCGGCCUACGCAAACGUUCCACACCACGGACUAACUUCACGCUCUGACCUCACGAUCAGCAACCCACAAAACACUCUCACGAUUCACGACUCCCCCUACCCAACAUUCACAACAAACUAGUUCACAACAUGGGUUUAAUGUUUAUUACAAACCAACAACAUCUUGAAUAGGUUGAAUUUGAAUGUCUAUGACAAUCCAGCAAUAGCUGCUUUUGUUAUUUUUCAAGGAAAAUCCCUUUAUGUUGAUUCUAAAAAUACAUGAACUUGAAAAUGCAACUUUUUAAAUUUAUAAUUUUUUUUGGUUGUUUUUUUUAAUAAAUUUCGUUUCAUAUUUUGAUUGAGGACAAAUUUUUCAUUAUUAAUUGUAAAUACCAACCAUUCAAUUGACUAUACACACAAUAUAUUUAUUUGGGGAUGUAAUGUAAGAAAAGUGGGGACUGAAGUCUUUUAAAAGAUUAUUUCAUUCAGAAUGAGCAUUAUCCAGUUACUUAGUGAAAUAGUUGAUCACAGAUGUUAUUUUAGGACAAUUAAAAAAAAAGAAGAUUUUUCCUUGAUUUAAUAUACUUUUUUGGACAAAUAUAGUGAUGAGGAUUGUCUUUUUUAAACGUUUAAAAACCUGUUUACAUAUAUAAUUAUUUUAUUAUUUUGGUUUUCAGGCCAAGUGGAUAGUAACUGGUGUAUAGGAGCUGUACUAGAGAAAAAGCUAGCACCAUUCCCCUUUACUCUUGCACUAAGUGGCUAUGCCAACCAUGUGAAAAAUCAAUAUCGCUUCGGUAUGGGAAUAAUCAUUGGAUGAGAUAGGGCCUUCCUAGGUCAAAUUAACAAUAUUAGAAGAAUAUAUUAUUAUAAUAAUGGAAAUGUUAACACUUUGAUAAUGUCCUGCUUUGAACUUGUGUACAUCAAGAUCUCUGCAUACAACUAUCUUAAUUGUUGGGAGUUCCUAGAGUUGCUGAAGUAACUUUUCUAUGAUUUCAACUGGCCUUAUGUCUCUUUUUCAGCAGUAUAAGAUUUCAUUUUUUUAAAUGUAUUAUCUUUAAUCAUUUGACAUGUAGGGUUCCCAUUUUAGUAGAUUCUACUGGAUUCCUCCACUAAGCUGAAAAAACAGUUAAUUGUAUGGCUUUAUAAUAUGAAGGCUCAGUGCCAUUAUAUCAACAAGAACAUUAAUUUAAAAAAAAAUAUUUUAAAAAACUUAAGAAACAUGGCAUCAUCCAUUGAUCAUAGCAUUUUUCCUUGGCUGAUACAAUGCUUUGUAUUUCUACCUGUUCACACUUAUUUCUUUGAGAUUCAUUUGCAACUGGCUGCCACAAAUAGCAGUUAUAGAUUGGUCGAGUUCACAUAAUGUACAUAAUGUUUUUUUUUAAAUAAUGAAAAUAUCAAGUUGGUUUUGUCAAGCUCUUUUGAGUGGAUCGAACUUGCAUGUCCAUUAAUCUGUGACCUACCAUUUAUGUGCAUGCUGUAUUAGGAGCAUAUGGUAUCAAUUUGAAGACUCCUUUAAAUUGUUACAUUAGAAAAUUAAUAUUUGUAAGGUAUGACAGGGAAGGGAAAGGCAUAACAUGUCAGUCAGUAUGUUGAAAACUAGCCAGAUCAGUUAAUGGCACACCUUUUUAAUGCAAGCAGAGAUUACCAAUAAUCUUGAGAGCUUUUCCUGGAAAACAAAGGUUUAGAUUUAGAUAUGCUACAAUACCCGACUGUCCACAGACCCAAUGCAAAGAAUCAGCCAUUAAUCCAUGCUGAAACAGUGGAAUUCACAAAUAAGCAAUUUUUUCUUUUUCCCAGUCCAAAGUUUAUUCUGAAAACAGUUUUUAAAAAAACAUUUCAUUAGAUAAUUACCUGUUUAUUUUGAGCACCAUCUUUUCAAAAGUUUAGAUAAUGGCAUAGUGAAUGUUUGAUCUGAUAAUGGAUUUUAUUUUGAACAAUGUUUACCAUGAUCAGAGCUUAAGUGAUUGGGUCAGAUCUAGACUUUAAAUUAAUCUUUUGGCUUCAGAAUUUUAACAUUUUUUUGUCUAGAAUAUAAUGGUAAUAAUUAUGCAACUAUAUAUAAUAAGAGAACAUUUAUUAGUUUGCCAGUUACACAUUUCAAAUUGCAUAAAAAGAUCAGUAUCGUUUUAACACUUCAUUCUACCCCAUAGCUGUACAAAUAAUUACUUUUCACAUAUCAAACUUAAAUUUUUAAAAAUAUACCUCCUUAAUAUUUUCAUUUAUCGGUACUACUUUAAAAAAUCUUUCCCUAUAGCCUUGAAACAUUUGAUAAUGGCCUGAAAGCAACUUAAUGAGAGUAAAAAAACAAUAUAUAUCAACUUCACAUUUUUGACAGAUUAUUUUUAAUAAUGUUUUGUUGUUAAUUUGAUACAAGUUUUGAGUUUUGGAAAUGAUAUCCACAAAGUUUUUACUUUUUUUAAUAGGUUCAUUGAAGAGGAGGGUUGACUAAUUGACAUGCCUGACAUUUCUGAAGGGUUCAUGUUUAUCCUCACAUUUCAAUGAUUUUUGCUUUGAUCAGAAUCUGUUUGAAUGGAUAAAGAUUUCAUUUGUAUAAGUUUAAAGUUUUUUAAAGUAGAUUUUGCUCGAUUGGUGGUUGUUUGAAAUUAGAUCACUCCAGCCUUAGGUCAUGUAUUUAGUCUAAUUGAUAAUAAAUGCUAUCUUUUCCUAUAUCAUCUUCAUAACCUGAUGCAUAAUGAGGUGAUAUGGUUUUUUAACAUUUAAAGAACCCUAAGAGCGCAGAAAAGAUCUUUUGUUACUUGUCUAAACUGGUGGAUGUGAGAGCUUUGUGAGCAAUACUAUGUGAUGAAGGUAUGUGACCAUGGACUACUGGUGUUAGGAUGGGCCAUUGUUUGUCUAACCAUGAUCAAAGAAUGUGUGGAUUGGUUCAUUAAAGUUUGUAUUAAUAAAAAUAAUAAAGUGUUCAAUUUAAAAAAAAUAAUUUCUCAUCUUACACUUAAGUAAGUUUUUUAAAAAUCUGUACGAUUUGAAAGUGGUACAUAUUUAAAAUAUGGUAAUUGUUUAGGCUGUAGAUAACACAUAACUGAAUUUUGUGAUUGAUGGGUGAGUACAGAAACUGAAUGUUUUUCAUUAAUUCAACUGAAAUAUAAAAGAACUUUGUUUACCACUGGCAUGUUAUUUUUAUAACAAUAAAAUUAUGUUUAAAUAAUUUU